CAUCACUGCAAUUAAACUCCAGCAAGCAUUCAAGGUCUCUCCAUACCAGAGGCAUCACGCUCCAAGAUGAUCUGGUUCCUCUUCUUGUUUGGCCUGUCUCUUGCUGCUGAGCCUCCUGCAGACGGACAGGAACUGAAGCUUGAGCGUGGUGGCUGUCCCAUGUUCUGGUUCAGUUUCGAAGGCCGCUGCUACAAGUAUUUUGGCUCAAAGAUGACCUGGGGAGAGGCAGAGCUCCAAUGUGUGUCGGAGGGAGCCAACCUGGUGUCCAUCCAUAGCCUCGGAGAACACGAGUUUGUCAAUUUGCUGAUCCAGAACUUUGAUCCUUCUCUGACAUGGACCUGGAUUGGACUCACUGAUUUAUACAAGGAGGGAGCGUGGGUAUGGUCAGACGGGUCUAAAUACAGUCGUUCUUUUUGGAAUGACCGGCAGCCUGACAAUGCAGAGAAUAUUGAACACUGUGGGCACACCAAUGCUGGCAGCAACCUCAACUGGAAUGAUAAUAUGUGCUCAUAUAAAUUACCUUUUGUCUGUGCAACUCACAAAGCUUGUCCAUAGUCAAACUUAAAUGACUUAAUUAAAAAUGAAAAUGAACUUAAUGAACUUUACAUUUCUGGAUGUUUUUUUCUGUUCAAAAUAAAUAUGU